AUGGCUGCUAUCAUCAAUCAAUUAAACUCCGUUGCUAGAGAUCUGGAUGCCUUGAACUUAGCGAUGCGUGAUAUCUCUUUGUCCGGGACCGACCUGCAAACGUUGGAAACGGUCGCUGCAAACCUCAAAGACAUCAUUGUUGUCAUCGAAGCAAAAGCAGGACUACGGAAGCGCCCAUGGAUGGAGCAGGCGUGGAAGGACAGUGAGCCUUACAGACUCAAAGCGCAAUCCAUAAUUGCCACAGUGCUCAGCAAAGGACGGUUGCACAAUCCAGCGGUAUUCCGCAGGAACAUCAAGUUAAUCUACUGCGGGUCACAGCAAUCUGAGUUCGAUUCCAAAGAUACCAAGUGGAGGAGAGGUGUGGUCCAGAAAAGAUGUUCUAGGAUUCAACAACUUAGCCCAGAUGGAAUUGUCUCGUGGGCUAUUGCUUAUCCUCCAACCACAUGGGGACCAUGCUUUAUGUCAAAUGAUACUUUUGACUGCCUCAUAGAGGAUAUUGAGCCAAGAGACAGGAAGAAGUGGCCGGACGCAGUAUGUCAAACACUUUCCAGACUGAAGGACGGGGAAGUUCAGGGGUGCUACAGUCUUGAGCAGCUCGUGCAUAACCUAGAGAAUCCAUCCCAGCAAGAUGAAUUCACUAAUCCCGAUAUGCCUAUCCAGGCAGUUCAAACAGCGCCUCGGAACCCCGACAACGAACACCGAGUUCAAAAUAGUGCGCUGUGGAAGUGGGAAAGGUCUCAGGGACACGGGACAACAGCUUGCGUGGCAACACUUUUCCCGAAGGACGAAACACAGGAUGUAUCAUUCACUAUCUGGGUUGGUCACAAUGAUGGGUAUAGACUGAAUGACACCUAUGGCGUGAAGCAUGCACUUUCCUCCUAA